AUGAGAACACAAGCAUUUUUAUGUGUAGUCCUCUUUAUAGGAGGGUGUAUAGCUGCACCUCUCUCAGAAGAAAAUGAUGAAAGAAUUGUUAUACCAAGACAAAUCUUCGAUAAAUCUCUCGUUAAAUAUAAAGCGAAACACGAUAUCGUGGAUAUUAUUGUACCGUUGAAUGCUCUGAACUUUGACGAGUCUAUGAAAGAUAGUGAUUCUGAUAGCAAGUCUGAUUCUGAUGAGAACGAUCUUACAGAUGUGACGGUUUUCUUAGUAGAAGCUGAUCUUAAAGAUGGUAAACGUGUUGACAAAGGACUGUACUUAUAUAAGAAUGAUGAGGUGAAAAUGGUUCUGCCUAAUGGAAGAGCAGCGGCGGCUUCAUCAAACGACAAUAAAUUAGUCUAUUUCGGAGCCAGCGAUGGUUUAUAUGUUUAUAAUGUUGACUCCAAGUCCGCUGAUAAAUAUGGAAAAUUUUCCGAUAGCAUUAUUGAUAUCGCUACAAACGAAGAUGGAAAACAUAUUUACAUUCUGAGUGAAGAUCACAAAUUAUAUAAUGUGACAAACGAAGGCGAAGACAAAGAGUUGCUCCAAGAUGUAGAAGAUGCCCAGGAAAUUGUUUUGGAUGAUUCUGGAAACAUUUACUUCUAUGACUCAAACAAGGAUGUAUUCAUUAAAAAUGCUGAUGGGAUUAUCAAAGUUCAGGGUCUACCGGAAGGUAGGAAAUCCCUUAAGCUUGUAAACCCACCGUUUAUAAUGGAGGAAUCAGUUCCUUUGAUGAUAGACAACGCUCUAUACGUUAUCAAUGCUAAUGGAACAGCUGAAGCUACUGGCUUGGAGUUCAGUCCUAAUGCGAAACCAACUGCUUAUGGCGCUGAUGCCGUUCUAGUGCAGUACUACGCAUAUAAUAAAAAACUGUAUGAAUUUAAUCUGUUAGCACUCAUAGCAGAAGAAAUAUUUGAGGGUAUGCAGGAAGAAGCUGAGAAAAUUCGCAACAACGCUGAAAAACGCAAAAAGUCUUUAGGCUCGAAGAGAUCUUAA